CAUUUAGGGUCCUGGCGCGGGGGGCGCGGGCUGGCACAUGCGCAGUGCCGUGGAGCACGGUGCCCUCCCGUCCCGCCUCAGGCUUUAGCGCUUCUUGCGGCAGGGAGUGAGGGAGAGGCAGGGACCGAGGGAGGGGCAGGGAGAGCCUCCUCUGCUCGACUCUGUCCCUCGCUGUUACGCCGAGCCUUCGCCGUGGGCCGCCCCCGCCACACCUCCCGCAGCAGAACUUUCGGCCUGUGGUGUCGAAAUGCCGCUCCUGCGAAGAGCCGCCAGAAUGUCGGCCUUGGCACCGCGGUGCGCUCGGUCUGCGCAGCCCGCGGAGAAAGCGCGGCUCUGCCCGCGGCGCCGAGCUCCCUCUCUCCCUCCUUCCCUCUUCUUCUCCCUCCCUUCCUCCCGCUAGGACUGCGCAGGACGGCAGCAGCCACCGCUCGAACAGCAGUGGGAGAGUAGAUGGUGUUUUUCUUUGCCCUCUCCGUUACACCAUUCCACGUUAAUUUAGUGCUGUGGGAGUUCACCCUUUCAGGGCGGAAGAGACGUGACGGAGCAGUGCUGGCACAGUCUCCCCCGGCCUGCAGCGAGGCGCUGUGCUGAGAGCCACGGCCAAACCAUGCCAGGGAGCGUGCUGGCGUCCCGGGAGUGUGGGCAAUAGCCUGCCAGCACAGGGCAGCCUGGCUUGGGUUUUUGUUUGCCUCUGUAAACGUGACCUCUCAGUUGCUUCCGCUAAGACAGUGUCCCAGUGAUCACAGUUACCAGACUGUUACUAGACCAGAAAUAAUGCAUGAGUCUUCAGCUGUGUUCAGGUACUACUAACUCAAGAUGAGUGUUCUGGGGUCAACAUACUCUGUCAUCAGUGGAAGCACUAUUAUAUACUGUGUUAUUAUCUAACAAAUAACACUUGCACACUGAUAAAUAGAACAAGCUGUACUUUUUAAUUUUGAAAGAAGUGACUUGCAUGUUGAUUCAUAUACAAGUGCCUGGCUAUAUAUCUAUCUGAAGUGGAGCUAAAACCAUGCCUCAACAAAAAAUCCCCAUCUUGAUAUUUCCCUGUUGGCUGAUUUAGAUUUCUUGUUCAAGGGUAAGUCCCACUUGGAGGCAGGUGUGCAACUUACCUGUCCAGGGAUGUUAGGCCCAGGAAUGGGGUUCAGAGCACUGGUUCUGUGCUUGGAUUCCCUGGAUUACUCCAAGAGCAGCCAGCUUAAGCUUGUACAAACACAAUUGCUAUUACCAUGUAAUGCUGUGUGUAGUCUCUUACUUUACAAAAUGCAAUAAUGGAGUAAUAAACCCUUGUAAACAAAAAACUGACAAAGACACCAGCAUCCUAGAUUAAACAACCUUAGCAUCUGCAAAAUGCAGCCCAUCAUGUUUUCUAACAUUUGUGGACUUUCCACUAAAUUUAUGAUAGCCAGAAAACUGAUUGUUCAGUGCUCACUUUUGUCCCAAGUCACUCUUCUUUCCUAGUAUUAAUCCAAUGAAUGGGAAAAACUGUUCAGCUCAUACUGAUGGCCAGGAUUAGUAUUUAUAGAGAUUUGGUUUGGCUAAACAACAGUGAUCAGGACCUGAUUGAAGAAUACCAAAAAGAAAAAUAACAUGGAAUCGUCUCCUCAGUCCAGCAGUAUGCAUCAGUUUAUACCGAGAAGCCACUCAUGAGAGGGAGAAAGAGCAGGUGAUGUGUGGGUGGAUCAAAACAUGACUGUUCAGAGCAUUAAUGAAUAAAGAUGAGACUAUCUGCAGCUUCUGAUCUCCACAUUGUGAGUGUUAAACAGACCAGGAUGCUGCAUAAGAGCAACAAGAAAAAAAGGUAUAGAUAGAUGUUUCCUCUUGGACACUGAAUUUAUGUUAGGAGAAGGAUGUAGAGUGAUUAAUGUGCCUGGUACCCAAUAAUGCCUGGUACUCAAAAUAUCUGACAGGUUUUUAAGAACCACUGUGGACCUGUGGUCUUUAAAAGAAGUUGUCACUACUAAGUAAUGCAAUUAAGAAGGUUCUUACUCCAUUCAGUCUCAGAAUGGGCAUGAUGAAGAAGUGGAAAGAAUAAAUUAGUCAGACAUGUAACAAAAGUAUCCCAACAGCAAUAGGAUGCUAUGAGAAUAUGAAGUCUCAUGAAUAUGUUGGAAGAAGUACAGAAAAUGCAGUAAUUAUAUUUUCAUACAACCCUGACCAAGUUGUUUCUCAGUUCCACCAAGGCCUGUCAAAUACCUAAACUCUUCGGGUUUGGGGUUUUUUUAAGAGAAAUGUUAUCCAAUUAAUACACAUAGUAAUUAUGUGUAAUGUUCAGCCCAUUUGUUGGUUUUGCAACAAGGCAAAAUUAAUGCCAAUGUUUCACAUUCUUGGCAUUUUACUGGGCCGCCCUUGUAGAUCUGGACACAGCACUCUGCAGCUCUGGCACCAUGUGGUCAGCUUUGUCACAGGGAUCUGUACUAGAGCUAUGAGAGAAGUACAACAGCAGCUUGGAUACCUUGGGCUGGUUCUGGAGAUGGCCACAGCAGUGCCCCCAUCUUUGCUACUCUGAUCUUGUCAGAAGCUGCGGUACUGAAUUUGGCACACACCCAGCUCCCAGCUUUGGUCUCCCAGUACAUGACAGUCCAGGUGUUAAGAGGAUGGUGCCAGACUCUUUUUGGUGGUGUUCAGCAACAGAAUGAGGAGUAGUGGCCAUAAACUAAAACAUGAGAAGUUUCACAUCAACACAAUGAAGUUUUUUACACUGAGAGUGGGCGCUGCCUGGGAAGGUCGUGGAGUUUCCCUCUCCAGAGCCAUUCAAAACCAGGACGUGCUCCUGUGCCACCUGCACCAGCUGACCCUGCCAUGGCAGAUGAUGUCCAGGGGUCCCUCCCAACCCUAAGGACCCUGCGAUUCUGUGAAGGUGUUUCUCCUCAAUCCAGAGGCCACCUCGCCGCAGGGCUCAGCUGGAUCACACGCACCAGGAGCCUGGGCAGCAGGAUGAGAACCAAUUUAACAACCUUGUUCAGUUCCAGCCUCUCGGACGUGCUGAACAUGUCAGCGCACCUGAGAGGUCUCCUUUGCCUUUUAGAAAUGGGGCUUCCAGAACGAGGUGGCUUGUGCAAAGCCGCUGUGACCUCAUGCCCCAAACAACAGCUGAUUUAGGUUUUAAAAACACCAUUAUUGGCGGGGAGAGGGAACAAAACCAACCAAACAAAAAAGCCAAUCCGUACAAAACCCUGCGCUGUGGGAUUUUCUUGUACUUUGGCCUCUCUGGCGGCCCGUAGGAGGCCCCGGCGCUGCCGUGAGCGCGGCGGCCGCGCAGGCGCAGCGGUGCCGGGGUGGGCGCGGAUGGCGGCGGCGCCGUGCGAUGCUGCGCUGGCUCGUGGCCGUGCUCAGCCACUCCUGCUUGGUGCCCAGGGCCGGCUCCAUGUUCUACGCCGUGCGCAAGGGCCGGCGGACCGGCGUCUACCGCACCUGGGCGGAGUGCCAGGAGCAGGUGAACAAGUUCCCCUCCGCCAGCUUCAAGAAGUUCGCCACCGAGAAGGACGCCUGGGCCUUCGUGCGCGCCGGCCUGCCGGGGCCGCAGCAGCAGCCGCAGCAGCAGCCCGAGCCGGCAGAAGCAUUUGUUCCUCCAGCUGUAACACAAGAAAAUGGUAGUCAGAGAGAGAAACCAGAAUUAAAUACCAUGUGUUGCAGUACAUGUAAAAGGCCAUAUGAACAGUCUACAAAUGAAGAGCAGAUUGCAAAGCGUGUGAAACAUGAUGAAGUACACUCAGUGUGCUCAAUGCCAACAGUCAGUGAAGAUAAGUUUUCAUAUAUGGGUGACUUUGCAGUUGUUUAUACAGAUGGUUGUUGCUCUAGUAAUGGACGUAACAGGGCACGUGCUGGAAUAGGUGUCUACUGGGGACCAGGCCACCCUUUAAAUACCAGUGAAAGACUUCCUGGACGGCAGACUAAUCAAAGAGCAGAAAUCCAUGCAGCCUGCAAAGCAAUAGAGCAAGCCAAGAGUCAAAACAUCAAGAAGUUAAUAAUCUACACUGAUAGCAAGUUUACUAUUAAUGGUAUUACGAGCUGGGUUGACAACUGGAAAACAAAUGGCUGGAGAACAAGUUCAGGAGGAAGUGUAAUAAACAAAGAAGAUUUUCAAAGACUCGAUAGUCUAGUAAAAGACAUAGAAAUUCAGUGGAUGCAUAUUCCUGGUCAUGCUGGCUUCCAAGGAAAUGAAGAAGCUGAUAGACUAGCAAGAGAAGGAGCUUGUAAACCACAGUGCUGAUGGCCUGGGACUAGAGACUGUUGCACUGGGAGAAAAGGGCCUAACAUGACAGCAACAACUUGAACUGCUGAAAUUGUUUUGGAAUUGAACUUUGAGCUGUACUUCUUUCUGGCCUGAAGCACUAAAUAUAAACCAACUUCUGGGAAGGAAAACCCCACAUUUUCUUCUGUUGCAUUUGUUUUACAAUUGAGACAAUAUUUAGUUGAUGAUACUGAGUAUUUGUUUUUUCUUCAUCUAUUGGAAAGGCUGUGGUCAGUGCUUUUAGCUGUCUUGUGUACUUAUGAACUCACCUUACAGACAGGCUUCUGAAGAAGUAAUUUGAAAUCAAAGUGUUCUGUAUUUUCCUCUUAAUUAAAUAAACUCGUUUUUGUUUUUG